AUGUCAGAUCACGUCAAUUUCCUGUAUAUGAUCCCGAAUGGGUCCGCCUCGAGCUCUUCCCAAAGGGUUGGAAUGGUUGGCGACGGGGUAAAACAUAGAUUUGACUACACGAACCUUUCCCACCCCGGUGAUGCGUUUGGCUGUCCAAUCGGCUCUUCGGGCAUCGACCCGGCCCUCUUGCAAACCGAGGACAAAGGCAGCCACCACCUUCAGAUGCAGGAAGCCCUUGCCCUCCGAGACUGGCAUUAUCAGAGGUGCAUGCAGCAGAAAGCCCUUACCCCUCAAGCCUGGCAUUACAAGAGGUUCAUGCAGCUUUGCAAGGAUGUUGAGCGCAUCCAAUCACGAAUUUCGAACAACUUCUCUGCCCCCUCAACAACCUCUGCGCCCGCCGCAUAUGAACAGUGGACACCGGCUUCCUUUCCCCAUGGCCACCACUCUCUUCAGACAGGAAAUCACUGCUCUGCUUCAUCCAAUGACUUUCCACGCAACAAUCCUUUCCCCCCCUUUGAUUCCAGCAAGUUCAUGACCUGGGAUCCUAUUCAAGAAGCCGGCAGCACUUUUACCCAUGACUCCAGCCUUCUUCGGAGCCAGAUGGAUAGAGGUAUGGUCGACAUUCAAAUGAAUGGCAAGUCCACGGCCACCCUCUCCGGUCCCAGUCAGAGGAGCAAUUCGACCGAGUUCGACUUGUUCACCUCUUUUGACCAGUCUUCCAGCGGUAGAAGAACUCCAAACUCAGAGAUAUCAGUACCAUCAGGGGUAGCCAAUGCCCCAUCUCCCAGUCCAGAACGCCAGGAAUGGUCUCACACACCGGCACCUGGCCCCAAGAGUUCCACCUCCAGCUCUUCAGAUCGCAUCUCAUGCCCCAUCAACACCUGCGGCCAUACAUCGGGGACCAAACGGGACAUGCAGCGUCACAUUGACGACAAACAUGAUGACAGACCUGAGGACUUGAUCGGCGCAGGGUGGAGCUUGAGCCCAGAGAAGCCUUGCACCUAUAUGUCCAGCGGCUGCACCUUCAAGUUCCGCCGCGAGGAUCGCUUCAAGAGGCACCUCGAAAGGGUAAAGCAUCGCCUUCGAUAGAGGUACCUACCUCUAAUAAUACGGCGCCUCAAAAGGAAGUAUCACUCUUGUUGGUACUGCCUUAUCCUUGGAGGCCUACGUCCCUCGGGAUCUGUACAGGAAACACAAAGCAAACCAUUAUUGCGGACAGAUUGGACACCCAAGGACAAGAAGGCAAUAAACGGGCAGCAUUUGGGAACUAGAGGGGAGUGAAAGAGAAAGUAAGAAGAACUCAACUUGACCCAAAAUAAAACCCGGAGUUGAGGGCGUGGAUGUCAACAGCGUAGGAGUAACAAGGAGUCUAGGGCAUGGGUGAUACCUAGUGGCUGAAGCGGCAUUUCACUUGAUGGUUUAUUUACUUUGCUCUCUUACAUUCGAUUAUCUUUACAUACACGCAAGAUCUUUCUG